AUGGAAGGGCAAGGUUGCCAGCAGACUUCAUCAGAUUCGCCAGAGUUCCAAAGUGCUCGCCCAGCACUAGUCCAAUUUCCUAGGCCAGCAAGUUUCUCUAUCGGUCAACAUGACCUUAGUGCCCUUGAACUUCCGAGCUUCUACCGCCACAGACAAGCCAACAAUGCAGGUGAAAGGAAAUUCCAAGCUCCCGUUAUUUUCCCUGCCUUGAGUGAGACUGUUAUCUGGCCAGUCAUAUACCCCACGAAUUUGGCAGCUAGCCCAGAAGCUAAGGAUAAAGAGAAGGGUACUACUGCUGCUGCUAUAGAACCUGAACUUCCUCUCACACCAGUCAAACCAGCAGAAACUGAGGAUUUCAGCCCAUCCUUUGACUGCCCUACAAACCUGGUAAUCCAGAAGAAACGUCUGCCAGAUCUUUCCCAUGCUCAGGCAACUGCUUUCCCCCAGUGGCCUUUGCAUGGAACAAGAUCGAGGUACGCAACAGCGCCACCACGAGCUCACCUCCACCCCCUUCCUGCUGCCCCAGCUAUCCGAAAGCCAAUCAAGAGGAGAUAUAGGGAGGUGUCGAGAGAGAGGCCCACCAUCCUUACCAAGCUCAUGGAACAGUUUAAUGUGAGAGACUGGUCAAGGCCAGAGACUCAUCCAGGAGUGACAAAUGAUAAGGAUUAUGCCGGCAGAAUCAUUCCAAAUGAUUCUGUUUCAAAUUCCUCUCAGAACACCCACGGCGAGGUGAAAAUUUACUAUCCUAGGCUGAAGGAUAGUGAAUCUAGCUCUGCCCCACCGAAAUCCGCACCUCUCGUACAAUCGGCAGCUGACAACGUAUCAAGGCCAUACAAAGCGCUACCGGUUACAAUAGAACGAGGAAAGCAACCAGGUCUGCGGAAAAUCUCAUCGGCUCCAGCUUUACCAAGGCCGGAGGUGGAUACUGAGGAGUUAACCAGGCUCCUGAACUGCGAUGUCCCUCGCCCGUCAAAUAUUGAGAGCAUCAUAUUGGAAGGCCCGUUACUUGCAGCCACCCAAAGGGACUUUCAUUCAAUAGAUGAAAUCCCCAAGCAUGUUCAGGUGCCAGUUACUCCUUGUAUUCAAGGGACGUUUGAAGGAACGGUGGCGCCAGUAUCGCCAGCAACGAUGCCAACUGAGCCCGCAGUAGCUCACCCUCACAUCAGUGAUGUUAUUAAUACCCAUUUCGAACGAAUAUCGAUGGCUCAAGCUGCCAAUUCAGAUGCCAUCUUGAGAAGCCUACAAGGGCUAACGAACGAAAUCAGGGCGCUGCGAGUGGAGGUCAGAGCAAAUACCAACCAUCUCCAUCAGCUCAACGGCAGAGUUGCCGCCGUCGAAGCGAGGUUGGGUGGCCUACUACAGCCAUCUGGAGGCAUGCCGUUGACAGGUUACCAGGGACUCGCCAACGCGCCCGGCAGCAAUUUCAGCAGCAGCCAGCCCCCAAUUAGGCACCCAAACCAUCGUGACAGUCAACCCAAUGACAGCGGACCUGUUCGCGAUGCCCAGCGUGGUGAACCAAGUGAAAGGUGUGUGUACAGCCAACAACACGCCGUACUGUCCCCACGUCUAGGCAUGACGUCGAACCCGCUGUCUUCGUCCACUGAGCCGUCAACAAACACGCCACCCCCUCAGAAGUCUCAGGUGAUAUCGCGAAAUCGACAAUCCGACCGGCAACGUAUCCCUCGGUCCCGGGAUGCCAGUGACAAUAGCGAAUGGGGUGGAACUUCAAACUGGUACCGAAAGGCUUGUGCAAACGCCCAGAGAAAUUGA